CUGAUCCCUUUUGUGUCUGAUUUUUUCUUUCUCUUACGCUUAUACAACAACUAUUACACUAGUACGAUAUUAAUUACUUAUUUAGCAGUAUUAAAGUAUACCAAGAUUUUUAAAUUAUAGCCGAAGCUUCCAUGUGCCACGCCAGUCUCCACUGAGGCACUGACACCUGAUCUUGCCCUUUUCUUCUCCUCCUUUUAUUUCUUCUGCUUCUUCUCACAAUUAACUACCAUUUUCUCCAUCUCUUCUCAUCUCUCUCUUAGCUUUGACUUCAAACUCUCAAAGUACAAUUAACUCUCUCUCUCUCUCUCUAAAUUCCUGUGCCAUCUUUUCUGUUUCAAGAUCCAGAAUUUCAGAUCAAAUUGUACCAUUCUUGUAAUGGGUGUCACUGUCUCAGUGUCAUAAUUGAGUUGUUAAGAUUCAUUUAUUGCUUUUUUCCUCAAGUUCCUCAUCUGGGGUUGUUGCCUUUUUCAUCAUCUAUUUUUGGAUUACUGAAUAAGAGUAAAUCCAAAAAUGGCACCAAGCUCUGUAGUUGUUACUAUAGAGAAUCCAAAGAGCAUUUCUUUAGUUGAAGUCAAUGAUUUGAAUUCACCAGCUUUUAGGGAUAAAAACAAGGCUGCUAAUCCCAAAAGAUUUACUAAAGUUCUCCUUCUCAAAGCCCAAAGAACUCUUGGUUGUAUUCCUUGGUUAGCUAAUAGUUUGUGCACAACUUUUGCUUCUGUUAAAAAAAGGAUUGCUUUAUCAGAUAAGAAUGAUGAAGACCCUAAAUACAGGGGAAAGUUGUACAGAUUUAUUAGAGCUUUUCUUGCUAUUUCAGUGGUGGCUUUGUUUAUUGAAAUAUUUGCUUAUUUCAAUCAGUGGCAGUUAAAUUUGGUUAAUCCUUGGGAAGUUCAAAGCCUUUGGCAAUGGACUUAUAUGGCUUGGAUUUCUUUUAGAGUUGAUUAUAUUGCUCCUACCCUUGCUUCACUUACUACAUUUUGCAUUGUGCUUUUCCUCAUUCAAUCCGUAGAUCGACUACUUCUUUGCCUUGGUUGUUUCUGGAUCAAGUUAAGGAAAAUCAAGCCAAUUAUCAAUGAAGAUGCAAGUGAUCCUGAGGAUGGAUCCAAUUUCCCUAUGGUUCUUGUACAGAUUCCUAUGUGCAAUGAGAAAGAGGUUUUCGCGCAAUCAAUAGGAGCUGUUUGUCAGCUGGAUUGGCCAAAAGAAAGAUUCUUGGUCCAAGUAUUGGAUGAUUCAGAUGAUGAAGUGCUGCAGCAAAUGAUCAGGAAUGAAUGUUUAUCCUGGAAAGAGAAAGGGGUCAACAUCAUCUACAGACAUCGGUUCAUCCGAACCGGUUACAAGGCUGGCAAUCUUAAAUCAGCAAUGGCUUGUGACUAUGUUCAGGACUAUGAAUUUGUUGCAAUCUUUGACGCGGAUUUCCAACCGAAUCCUGAUUUCCUUAAAUUGACAGUACCUCAUUUUAAGGGAAAGCCGGAUGUUGGACUAGUUCAAGCACGAUGGACUUUCGUUAAUAAGGAUGAAAACUUACUUACUAGGCUUCAGAACAUCAACUUGUGCUUUCAUUUUGAGGUGGAGCAGCAAGUAAAUGGUCACUAUCUCAAUUUCUUUGGAUUCAAUGGAACAGCUGGUGUUUGGAGAAUUAAGGCUUUGGAGGAAUCCGGAGGUUGGUUGGAACGAACAACUGUAGAGGACAUGGAUAUCGCCGUCAGAGCACACUUGUGUGGCUGGAAAUUUAUCUAUGUUGACGAGGUAAGGGCGCUUUGUGAGUUGCCAGAAUCAUAUGAAGCUUACAAAAAGCAGCAGCACCGUUGGCAUUCUGGUCCAAUGCAGCUCUUUAGACUAUGUCUUCCUUCAAUCUUGAAGUCCAAGAUCUCUGCCUGGAAGAAGGCCAACCUGAUAUUCCUAUUCUUUCUUCUGAGGAAGCUGAUAUUACCUUUCUACUCAUUCACAUUGUUCUGUAUUAUACUUCCACUAACAAUGUUCAUACCAGAAGCCGAGUUACCCCCUUGGGUGAUCUGUUAUAUCCCUAUAGUCAUGUCCAUUUUGAACAUUCUUCCAUCGCCAAAGUCGUUCCCUUUCCUAAUGCCAUACCUGCUAUUCGAGAACACAAUGUCCGUGACAAAAUUCAAUGCCAUGGUGUCGGGGCUAUUUCAGUUAGGCAGCGCCUACGAAUGGGUAGUCACCAAGAAAACAGGUAGAGCAUCUGAGUCGGACUUACUAGCACUUGCUGAGAGGGAAUCGAAGAAUAUGAACGAAGAGAAAAUUUCAAGAAGGUUGUCUGAGUCUGGUCUAGAACUAUUCGGAAAAUUAAAAGAACACGAAGAGGUGCCCAAGAAAAAGAAGGCAAACAAAAUCUACAGGAAGGAAUUAGCACUUGCUUUUCUUUUGCUCACUGCAGCUGCAAGAAGUCUGUUAUCUGCACAGGGCAUACAUUUCUAUUACUUGCUGUUUCAAGGUUUAACUUUUCUUAUAGUUGGCUUGGAUUUAAUUGGAGAACAAGUCAGCUAACAAAAGCAAAGAGUUUAAUACUACUUUAUUUGGCACAUCAUCUGUUUAGAGAACCAAAAUUUCCAGUUGAGUAGCAAGCAACACUUGGCUACAAAAUGGAUUUUCACCUUAAGAAUAGUUUACAGGUGAAUUUUAAACAAGUAGCAUACUGAGAUUCAUUCAUAUAUACUUUAUUUUUAUUUCUUUUCAUUUGUGAAAUUUGUAAUUGCUCUUACUGUUUCAAGCAUAAUAAUACAUUGAAAAUAUUUGUUGACUUA